CCUAAGAAAUUUUUAUACACAGCAGUCAUUCGACUUUGGAUUUUCUUCGUUAAAUUUUCUUGAAACGUUCGUGAUUAUUCUUAUAUGACCGAGUCUGCCGUGUGAACGAUGAUCGUACAGGAGCCAGUGCAGGCAGCCAUAUGGCAUUGUUUAAAUCAUUAUGCUUAUCCAGAUGCAAUAUUUUUAGCAGAAAGAUUAUGCGCAGAAGUUGACACAGAAGAAACUUUAUUCCUAUUGGCAACAUGUUAUUAUCGUUCUGGACGAGUUAGACAGGCUUAUGCAUUGCUUUCUAAAAAAGCUCCAAGCUCUGCACAAUGCAGAUUUCUUUUGGCCAAGUGUUGUUAUGACUUAGAGAAAUAUGCAGAAGCGGAAGCAGCAAUAAUAGGAGGAUAUUAUAAGCAGUUAAAAAAUCUAGAAGAAAUCAUAACUCAGUUCGGUGAGCAUGCGUGUUUCUCGCUUCAGAUCAUAGCCAAGAUUUAUUACAAAAUGAUGCGUACCGCGAAAGGGAACGAUGCACAUAAAUUGGCUUUAAAAUUGAAUCCAUUUCUUUGGCAUUCAUUCGAAGAGCUGUGCAAUGUUGGUGAAGCGGUAGACCCUACAAAAGUUUUUCAACUAGAUAAAUUAGAUAAUUUCGCAAUGUGCCAUGGUAGUAUAUCUGCUCCCGCAUAUGCUACAGAAUCCGAUCUCAUUGUACCUACUAACAAUUUGAAUGGUACACCUACCACAAAUGGCACCACUGUUACACCUGCACAAGUGACAACAACAGCAACUAUCAUGAACGGUAUAGGACCUGGUGUACGAUUAUAUUCUGUAGACGAGAGCCCGCAAAAUCAGCCCACACAUUACAGUAAUAUCUCCUCAAUAUCACCACGAGCUAAACUUCCACGGUACCGUAGCAUGUUCAAUAAUACUAUGAGUCCUCUUACUCCAAGUUUUGGUAUCUUACCAUUGGAAAGCAAUACACCUGAACCAACCGUUUUACCUUCACAUACGACGCUUACAGAAGCUAACGAUCAGAAAAGUUUAGUAAAACGUGUCAGUAGUUUAAGGGCUCAUGUAGGGCAAUUGAUGUCGAGAAAAGAAACACCUUUGCAGCAAGGAAAACCAGUAUUUUCACAAUCCGGAAAUACGAGUAACAGUGCAAAUAUCGUAACGGUAACGCCUACUACUCCAACACCUGCAGCACCGACGCUGCAAGGUACCAACGUUAGGCGUUCGUCAAGGCUAUUCAGUCAUAGUUAUUCAGUCAAGGAAAAUAAUAAGUCUCCUAAUAGGAAUAAAUUUGCCACGCCUAAAUCUCCGUCUCGGAAAACGAAGGCUAGACUCUCAAAGACUAAUUUAAAUAAGGCCAAUUUUAAUGAACUAAAUGAAAGAAACCGAAACGAGAAGGAAAAAAGUGAAACUAUUACGUCAGAGAAGGCGGUAGCUAAUGUAAAUGCAUUGAACAAUCAAAGUAACACCAAUUUCUGUGCGGUGACCCUUCAAAAACAAUGUGCCGAGGGUUUAAUGUCACUGCUACGAGAAUUAGGAAUGGCAUAUCAACAUUUAAGUCAAUACAAUUGUGCCCAGGCCGUUGAAAUAUUAACUAUUCUUCCAGCACAGCAUUAUAAUACAGGAUGGGUACUGUCGAUGCUGGCUCGUGCGCACUUUGAAAUGAUCGAUUACAAAAAGGCUGCUAGUUAUUUUGCAGAAGUUAGACAGUUGGAACCCCAAAGGACUGAACUUAUGGAAAUUUAUAGUACAGUUUUAUGGCAUUUACAUGCUGAAGUACAGCUCUCCACCCUUGCACAAGAACUUGUUUCCGAAGAUCGUAAUUCACCAGCUGCUUGGUGCGCCACUGGAAACUUGUUUUCCGCACAAACGGAGCACGAAACAGCGAUCAAAUUCUUUCAGAGAGCUAUCCAGGUAGACCCUAAUUUUCCAUACGCCUAUACACUUCUUGGUCAUGAAUACGUAAUGACGGAAGAGCUGGACAAGGCCAUUACUGCAUUUCGUAGCGCUAUUAGGCUCGACUCUAGGCAUUAUAAUGCAUGGUUUGGAUUAGGAACGAUAUUCUCUAAACAAGAACAAUAUAGUCUGGCAGAAUUGCAUUUCAAACGUGCAUUGCAAAUUAAUCCGCAGAACUCGGCGAUAAUGUGCCACAUCGGUGUUGUGCAGCACGCGCUAAAGAAAACCGAUCAAGCUUUAAAGACCUUGAAUACUGCGAUCUCAAAUGAUCCCGACAAUACGUUAUGCAAGUUUCAUCGCGCGAGUAUUAAUUUCUCAAUUGGUCGGCACGCAGAAGCGCUCAGUGAAUUUGAGGAGCUGAAAAACAUUGUACCCAAAGAGUCUCUAGUCUAUUAUUCGAUAGGAAAAGUGCAUAAAAAGUUGGGCAAUACACACCUCGCACUAAUGUACUUUAGUUGGGCGACAGAUCUAGAUCCAAAGGGUGUCAACAGUCAAAUCAAAGAAGCUAUAUUGAAUCCGGGUCAAGGGGACGAGGAAUCUCCGACAACGCAGUCAGACGAACAGCAAGCGGAGAAUAAUUCGAUGGAGCAGGAGAUUGUAAAUAAUAGAGAAGGAAGUGCCGCUGGCCUGCCUGGGAACGUUUCGGUCGAAGCACAUGCCGACGAUAGUGACGAUAGUUUAUGAAGAUAACCUGCCGUGUGCAAGAUUAUCACGGAAUGAGGAGGAGCACGUCAUCGUGCAUGCAACUAUUUAUCUUUUUCCCAUUUGAUCGGGCCGGAUCAAUUACUUUUCGAAGCCGACGUGGCUCAUUCUGGGGAUUCAUACUUCCGCGCGUACU